UUUUACAAUUUCCUUAUUAUAUAUAUUCAUUCCUUAAAUUUUAAUAUUUUUUUAAUAUUUUUAUUAUAAUUGCAUUAAAAUUUUGCCUGUCUAUCUGAUAAGUAAAAAGGAAAAUUGAUUCAAAUUGUGAAAUUUUGUAACAGUUGUAAUAAUGACGCGAGAGAUAUCUUUUGCUGAAAUUAAGAAGCAUAAUAAUGAAAAGAGUGUUUGGAUAGUAAUUCAUAAUGAUGUAUACGAUGUGACUAGUUAUUUAGGAGAACAUCCCGGUGGUGAAGAUGCACUAUUGGAGGUUGCUGGAAAGGAUGGCACACAGAAUUUUGAAGAUGUUGGUCACAGUGAAGAUGCUCGAAACAUUAUGAAGAAAUUUAAAAUAGGAACACUUCCACCAUCAGAGAGAACUGGAUCUUCAAAUAUUACUAAUUGCUCAAAUCUGAAAUGGGCAGUCUUAGCAUUGGCCGGUGCCAUUGUUGUUGGCAUUGUACUCAAAAAAUAUUUAAGCUAAUGUGACAUGAAGCGAAAAAUUAGGACGAGUUAUCUGCAAUAAAACUGGUACAAUCCAGUAGUAACUAGUUAUAAGCCAGUCGAUGUCUAUAUACAUGUAUAUCCAAGUAAUAUCUGGUAUUAAUAUUUAUUCUUGGUUUGUUAUAUUUGAUGUGUAGUGUAUAAACAUACAUACAUAUCUGUUACACCUGUCCCGUAUUAGGGUAGGCAGAAAUAGAUAAUAAAUUCCAAAAUAAUGUAUGUCAUAGUUUUGGGCAUUUUAUUUAAUUCAAACUCGAUUGUGGGUACUACAAGAUUGUCUGUGUUAUUAAAUAUUAUAUCUAUGGCAUAAUUAAUAUAAGAAACUUUUUAUAUUCUUAAUAAAAUUAUUGUUUUCUCUCAUUAGUCAUAUAACAAACAAAGUAAAAUUUAAACAUAUUCUCAUUGUGUCCACGAACUUAUGGUAAAUAGGUACUUGCAUAAUACUAGGUGCUGUUUUAUUAUUUAUUUUUAUAUAAAUAUACUAGAUAUUUUUAAAAUCUACUUUUGCGUAGAUAACGUCAUGUUUUUUUAUUGUUAAAUGCUGAAUGUACACAUGUCUACAUAAGAAGACAAUAAAAUUAAGUUGUAUU